CAGUGCAAGCUGCCCCCUGGUAAUAAAUGUAAGCCGGCAAAACCAGCAGCGAACAGCGGGUACCUCGGAGUCUCUUACUGGCAGACUCGGGACACGUGACAAUAACGAGCACUCGUGAGGCACGUCGUUUAUCGCGAUUUUCCGAUGCCCAAAAUAUUUCCCAGCUACUUCAGUUGUUCCCAGUUAUCUCGUUCUUCUCGUUCAAGAAUAAUGGCACAAACUGCAAGACUCGUUGCGUCAAGAGGACUGUUCAAGGGUGCCAAUGCUGUCCCGGCUAUUUCGACUAGAACUAUAAGCUCAUGGUGGUCUCAUGUGGAAAUGGGACCCCCUGAUGCAAUUCUGGGAGUCACUGAGGCCUUUAAGAAAGAUCAAAACCCCAAGAAGAUUAACCUGGGUGUAGGUGCUUACAGGGAUGACAAUGGGAAACCUUUUGUCCUUCCAAGCGUUCUGAAGGCAGAAGAGAAAAUGAAAACUAAAGGUUUAGACAAGGAAUAUUCUCCCAUUUCUGGAAAUCCUGACUUUUGCAAGUACAGUAUUAAUCUGGCACUUGGUGAUGACAAUCAAGUUGUAGCUAACGGUUUGAAUGCUACGGUUCAAGGAAUUUCGGGUACAGGCGCCCUCAGAAUUGGCGGUGCCUUCUUGAACAGCUUCUUUGCUGGUAACAAGGAAGUCUACCUGCCAUCACCAUCAUGGGGAAAUCAUACUCCUCUCUUCAAGCAUUCAGGCCUUACUGUCAAGUCUUAUCGUUAUUACAAUCCAAAAACUUGUGGGCUUGACUUUCAAGGUUUAUUGGAGGACAUUUCUAAAAUCCCUGAAAAGUCCAUUAUCCUGCUGCAUGCAUGCGCCCACAAUCCCACUGGCGUGGAUCCAAAACCAGAACAAUGGAAAGAACUUUCUGCAUUGAUAAAAAAAAAACAACUUUUUCCAUUCUUCGAUAUGGCGUAUCAAGGUUUCGCUUCUGGUGAUGUGACAAAGGACUCGUUGGCAGUGAGGCUGUUUAUCGAAGAAGGUCAUGGCAUUGCUCUUGCACAGUCUUAUGCAAAAAAUAUGGGUUUAUACGGCGAACGUGUGGGUGCAUUCUCUCUGGUGACGUCAAGCAAAGAGGAAGCUGCUCGCACAAUGUCGCAAAUCAAGAUCUUGAUCAGACCCAUGUACUCAAAUCCACCCAUUCACGGAGCUCGUAUUGUCAACGAGAUUCUGGGCGAUGAUCAGCUAAAGCAGGAAUGGCUCCGAGACGUUAAGGGUAUGGCCGAUCGUAUAAUUUCGGUACGCACGAAGCUUCGUGAAAAUUUAAAAAAGGAAGGAAGCUCUCGUGACUGGUCCCACAUCACCGACCAGAUUGGCAUGUUCUGUUUCACGGGUCUCAAAGCCUCGGAGGUUGAAAAUCUGACGAAGAACUACAGUGUCUAUCUCACCAAAGAUGGAAGAAUAUCUAUGGCCGGCGUCACAUCGAAAAACGUGGAUUACCUCGCUCACGCAAUUCACGAGGUUACGAAAUAAUUUCAUGAGAGUAAUAGGGCUUAGUGUACAACCAAUAGAGACCAACGUUUUCUACCCGUUACCGUCAUAAAGGAACUUUCAUCGUAACAUUUCAAUCAUCGUUAAGAGACGCGAACGACCAAACGCUGACACGCCUCUCAAUUGUUUCUUAACUAAACUCAAACCUCGUGAAUGGAUGCAUUUAUUAUUGCAUAUUAAGUAUUUUUCUAAGGACACUGCAGGCAGUGUGACGAUUCAAUAAAUUGAAACUGUGCGCUUACUUAUAUUGGAUUCUUCAUUCCCCGUGUAUAUGAAGGGAAACGUGGAGCUUGCGGUUGGUCGUUGUAUGUACGCUGUAAGGGAUAUCAUGAGAAAUGGACGAAUUUAUUGUAGAUAUUAUUAAUCUCCGCAUUGAGAGUUGCCUAACUAUUUUUUAUAUUUUUUUCCCUGUCGUUCACAAUUUUACACUGCAAACAUGGUCAUUCAUUGCAGUGAGAUGAACUGUGACUUACGUGAGUCGGUACUUGUUCUUGCCUGCUAGACCAGACGGACAGAGAGGUAUAGACGCUGUAAUGUUAAUAAUUAAACCUAGAGUCUGACAUAAAUCUUAUUAUUGUUUGCAUAUUUACAUAUUACCUGGACUUCUACGUUCAUCCUCAUCAGAAAUGAUUUAAUAAAUAAACUAGAAUUGUACGCAGAAA